AUGAUUAUCAAGCCGUUUUCAUUCAACAAUCAUGGCUUCAUCCAUGAGUGGUAUGUUUCUGGGUCAGCAACAGUCCGGACCACAUCCCUCUGGAGGUCCCGGUGGUCCUGGACAGCCUGGUAUGCUUCCCGGACCUCCCGGCGCCAGGGGAUCAAGUAGCAAUACUUUAGUUGACGAUCUAGAGGCGGCGUUCGAGGCAUGUUUUGCUUCUCUUGUGAGUCAAGACUACGUAAAUGGAACAGAUCAAGAGGAGAUUCGUACGGGUGUUGACCAGUGUAUCCAGAAGUUCUUGGAUGUCGCCAGACAGACCGAAUGCUUCUUUCUUCAGAAAAGGCUGCAGCUCUCUGUACAGAAACCUGAACAAGUGGAGAAAGAGGACAUAUCAGAACUGCGGAAUGAGCUCCAGCGGAAAGAGCUGCUGAUCCAAAAGCACUUGGCCAAAAUCCACAACUGGCAGCAGGUCCUGGAAGAUAUCAAUGUCCAGCACAAGCGUCCAACAGAGCUCCCUCAGGGUCCACUGGCUUUUCUUGAGCAAGCCUCAGCCAACAUUCCUGCCCCCAUGAAACCCAACUGAGGCACAGAAUAUACUUUUGAACUGUGUUGUAAGAAUGCUAGAAAACUACAUCAGAGUGCUCCUCUAAAGGUGAUGAACAGACAUUGGAAGGUCAGUUUGGUGACACUGGAUUGUCAAUGGCAUACUGAUAGUUACGGGUGUCUUUCUCUCAAUUUUUUUUUUUUUGGAGAUCUUGGAUGCCAUGGCAUGCCUAAUAGGGCUAGUAUUGGAUUAUGCAAGUGUGUGGGAGACAUUUCUGAGAGUAAAUGCCCAUUUCGGAAAAUAUUUCUAAUUUUUGGUCAAUUGUUUGUCAUUUUUACGUUUUUGUAAAUAUUUGACAUUCUGUUUUGUAUUGUCCACAAUAAAUUUUUACCUGUA